CUCGCACGCGGAAAGUAAAGAAAAAAACCUGCGAAGCGCCAAGAAAAUGGCUUUCAAACAUGGCGCUCCUGUUAAAAUUUUCCCCUUCUCGCUCUUCUCUACAAAAACUCCCCCCACCCCAACCCUUCUCUCAUUCCGCUCGCCACUCCCUCCUCUCUCUCUCUUCUCUCUCCAUUGGCAAAGACUAAACACUUGUGAGGAGUUGAGGGCAGUGGGGGAGUGCGCGUAAUCAUCAGGACUAAUGGCGGAGCAGGGGCGGAGCUUGCGCAUCACCCGCGCGGCCAAGAAGAGGGCCGCGACUGCGACGGGGAAGGCGGCGGAUGCGGCGGGCGAGGAGCAGACCCCGGCGACCAAGAAGCGCGUCGUCCUCGGGGAGCUCCCCAACUUGUCGAACAUCGUCGUCAAGGCGGACGGCGGGUUGAACGCGAAGAAGCCCAAGCCUAGGCAGCUCAAGGCGGUUCGAGGGAAGGUCAAGAAGCCCGUGACGGAGAGCACGGCCAGCAGUGCUCCAUUGAGCGGCCCAUCGUUGGAGUCGGAGGAUGUGGAUCCGAAGAUCGACGUCGAGCCCGCGUCAGACGAUCCCCAGAUGUGUCGAGCUUACGUGGCCGACAUAUACGAGUAUCUGCAUAAGAUGGAGAUGGAGCCUCAUAGAAGGCCUUUGCCUGAUUACCUCGAGAAGGUUCAGAAGGAUGUGACGGCGAACAUGAGAGGGAUAUUGGUCGAUUGGUUAAUUGAAGUCGCCGAAGAGUACAAGCUGCUCUCCGAUACGCUCUACCUCUCCAUCUCCUACAUUGAUAGGUUCCUGUCUCUGAGUGUUCUCAACAGGCAAAAGCUUCAGUUGCUGGGCGUUUCCGCAAUGCUCAUUGCCUCAAAGUAUGAAGAGAUCAGCCCUCCUCAUGUGGAGGAAUUCUGUUACAUAACGGAUAACACUUACACUAAGGAAGAGGUUGUUAAGAUGGAGUCUAAUAUACUCAAGUCACUGAUGUUUGAGAUGGGCAAUCCUACAAUAAAGUCAUUUUUAAGAAGGUUUAAUCGAAUUGCUCAAGAGGGCUAUAAAACAAAUAAUCAUCUGCAACUAGAGUUCCUAGGCUACUACCUUGCUGAGCUAAGUUUGCUCGACUAUAGUUGCGUGAAGUUCUUACCUUCUCUGGUAGCUGCUUCUGUGACAUUUCUUGCCAGAUUCAUGGUCCGACCAAAGACCCAUCCUUGGAGCUUAGCCCUGCAACAAUACUCAGGGUAUUGUCCCAAGGAUUUGAAGGAUUGUGUGCAAAUCCUGCACGACUUGUAUCUAAGUAGAAGGGGUGGAUCUUUGCCUGCAGUGAGAGAAAAAUACAGACAACAUAAGUUCAAAUGCGUCGCAAGCAUGGCCUCUCCACCGGAGAUACCUGCUGCUUACUUUGAAGAUGUUGGAGAAUGAUGAGUUGGCUUGCCGUUGGUCAUGAAACCAAAUUACAUUUUUCAGCAAAUGGAUAGAGAAAUGCACGAGUCUCAAGACCGGAGGAUUUGCCUGCAGCUCUUAAAUGUUGAAUGGGCUCUUUAAAGUUGCAGAUUAACUUAGCCUAAGAAUGCACAUAAAGCAGAACAUCUGAUGCUGAAACGGAGCUUGCUACUGUUUCAAUGUUGCUGCAAUCAGAAGGCAGAGCCGGUAUCCUGGAUACCAACAUGAGCAUUUAAAUUGGUUCUACGCCUGAUUUGAGGAUUGGAAACUAGUUUAUAUUUGUUUCUGAUUACCAGACAUUGACUUACCACUGUACAUAGAUUGACAGUGGUCAAUUUUUGGCUUUGUCGUUCUAAUGAUUUUGAUCUGGUAA